ACUGCGCCUGUCACUGUCGGCAAAAUCUUCCGUUUAGUUAAGUGACGCCAUUGUGAGCCGUAACGACUUCUCAGUGCAGCAAGUUUAAUCUCAAUCUUUUUAGAUAAUCUUGGCAAAGAAGUUUAAUAAAUAAACAACCAUGGCUGAUGAUAUGCCCACAUUUAAAUGUGUGUUAGUGGGAGACGGUGGUACCGGCAAAACUACUUUUGUAAAAAGACAUUUGACUGGAGAGUUCGAGAAACGGUACGUCGCAACCUUAGGCGUUGAAGUACAUCCGUUAGUUUUCCACACAAAUCGUGGACCCAUAAGAUUCAACGUUUGGGAUACAGCGGGUCAAGAGAAAUUUGGAGGAUUACGAGAUGGAUACUAUAUUCAAGGCCAAUGCGCUAUCAUUAUGUUCGAUGUCACCUCACGUGUUACAUACAAAAAUGUACCCAACUGGCACAGAGACUUAGUGCGCGUAUGUGAAGGAAUCCCAAUUGUUUUGUGUGGAAACAAAGUGGAUAUCAAGGACCGAAAAGUGAAGGCCAAAACUAUUGUCUUCCACAGAAAAAAAAACCUACAGUACUAUGACAUCUCUGCAAAGUCAAACUAUAACUUUGAAAAGCCUUUCUUAUGGCUAGCCCGGAAGUUGAUUGGAGAUGGCAACCUCGAAUUUGUAGCCAUGCCUGCACUGGUGCCUCCGGAAGUCACCAUGGACCCACAAUGGCAGAACCAAAUCGAAAAAGAUCUCAAGGAAGCCCAAGACACCGCUCUACCAGAAGAGGAUGAGGAUUUGUAAACAGGAUUUGCUUCCCAGUGCCCUCUGUAAUCUAUUGGUGGUAAUUGUUCAUAAUUUUUUUGUUAAAAUUUCAUUCCAUUAGUUUCACAAAAGACCAUAUUCAUGUAAAAUUGCAUUAUUUAAUUCCUAUUCGCCUAAACUAUUGUCUACUCAUUUAAUAUUGUUAGCGUUCAGUUGGAAAAAAAACUGCAUUUAAAAUUAAUGUGAGACUUGCUUAUAGGUAUGUAAACCAAUGUUUCCUACUGUUUUGUAGUGUUGUAUUAAUUGUAUUAUGAUAUUGUCUAUGUAAUAAAUACUGUAAUGCCUAAUAAGAAUUACCCGAAGCUUUGUAAUACAUGUUCAUUGUUUUUGUAUUAUUUAUUGUAUUGAUAUCUUUCAAAAAA